CUGUUCCUCCCGGAGCUGUGGCUCGUCCUCCUCAGCGGUGUCAUGGCGACCGGAAAUCCCGCUCAGGUUUUGCCGACAUUUGAUGACGUUCCGGUUUAUUUCUCGCGGAGGCGUCUGAGCCCGUCCCAGAGGGAUCUGUACAAGUCGGUUAUGAUGGAGAAUUACGAGAGCGUGCUAUCUGUAGGUUACGAGAUACACAAACCUGAAGUGGUGUCCAGAACUGAAGGCGGUCAGGAGCCAUGGUCUGGAGAUUGUCUGGAGGGUAAAAGCCAAGUGGAGACUCUGAAGACAGAAGAUGAAGCCACCAGUGAAGUUCUUAAGGUUGAAGACCUACGCCUGAAUUAUGAAGAAGUUACUGAUCUCUUGGGUGUAGAACAGUCUAACGAGAUCCAGUUACCAUCUCCUCAGGACAUAAAGCCUCAUAUUUGUAGCCGCUGCGGUAAAAGCUUCAGUUGUUACGAGGCUGUGGAGAGACAUCGGGGCUUGUGUGAACAACACCAUGAAGAUGUGACCAAACUGCGUAAAACCAGCCAAGGGCAGAGGUCGUUCCACUGCUCCGAGUGCAAGAAGAACUUUGCAGCACGUUCUGCUCUUCUUAAACAUCAGAAAACACAUUCCGGGGAGAGACCCUACAAGUGCUCUGAAUGUCACAAGGCUUUCAGCCAGAGUUCUGCUUUAACUAAGCAUCGGAGGAGUCACACCGGUGAGAGGCCUUAUUCUUGCACCGUAUGCUCGAAAGGCUUUAUCCAAAAGUCGGACCUGGUAAAACACCUUCGCACCCACACUGGGGAGAGGCCGUAUCAGUGUUCCACCUGCCAGAAGAGCUUUGCGGAAAGUUCUGCUUUAAUCAAACACAAGAGAACGCACUUUACAAAUCGUCAAAACCAAAUUAAACGGGUGGAGAUGGCUGCAGAGUCUCCUAGGAGAAUCCAGAAUGUGGAGGACAAGAAUGGAGCCACUAAUUCUCUGUACACGUGUGCAGACUGUGGAAAGACGUGGAAGCAAUGGUCGUCCUUCCUCAGACAUCAACUGAUGCAUUUGAGGGAAAGACCCCACAAAUGCGCACAGUGCAGCAAGACCUUCAUCCAGAAGUCUGACCUGGUGAAGCAUGAGAAGACCCACACUGAAGACCGGCCUCAUCAGUGCACGCAGUGCAACAAAGGCUUCAUUCAGAAGUCCGACUUGGUCAAGCAUCAGCGGACACAUACCGGGGAGAGGCCGUUCCAGUGCGCUUACUGUCAGAAGACAUUUGCAGAAAGAUCUGCCUUAGUCAAACACCAGAGGACGCACACAGGGGAGAAGCCUUACACAUGCACGACCUGCGGGAGAGGCUUUUCUCAGAAGUCUAAUCUCAUAUUGCACCAAAGGAUUCACUCUGGAGAACGUCCUUACAGCUGUUCUCAGUGCGAUCGGACAUUUAUACAAAAGUCGGAUAUGGUGAAGCAUCAGGGAGUCCACAUGAGGCAUCAGGGUUUAUCCAUCAACCCUGCAGAGGACUCCAGUUCUUACAAGUGUAACCAGUGCGAUCAGAGCUUCAGUCAGUGGUCUGACUUUCAUAAGCACAAGCUGGUGCAUGGUGGUCACAAUCUUCUCCGAUGUCCUGAGUGCAACAAGGACUUUCUCCUGAAGUCCGAUCUCUUAAAACAUAUCUGUAGCCACAUUGGAGACCAGUCCUGUUCCCAGAGCUUCGUCCAGAACUCAGCCCCCCUUAGCUAUUGUAAGACCCAGAUAGAAGAACGCCCUAGCACGUGUCAGGUUUGUCACAAGACCUUUGCUAAGAAAUCAGCUUUAAUAAAGCACAGCCGAAUUCACACGGGGGAACGGCCGCAUAAAUGUGGUCUGUGCGAGAAAGCUUUUAUCCAGAGGUCGUCCCUGACUAAGCACAUGAGGAGUCACACGGGCGAGAGGCCUUACGCCUGUGAGCAGUGUGGGAAGAGCUUCAUUCAGAAUUCAGAUUUAGUCAAACACCAAAGAAUCCACACUGGGGAGAAACCCUAUCAUUGCACUGAAUGUAACAAAAGCUUUACCGAAGGGUCUUCUCUGGUGAAACAUCGUAGAACCCACAAGGGGGAGAAGCCCUAUAAGUGUCCGCAGUGUGAGAAGACUUUUACUCAAAGCUCAGACUUAAUUAAACACGGUUUGGUUCACAUUGUAGAAAACCCACCGACUGCCACUGCUUUUCAUGAGAUUGUCAUUGUAGACCCAGAGGAUCUGAACAGCGGUUCAGUAGAACAGAGUUACCCCUAUCGAUGCACAGAAUGCCCCAAUGUGUUCCUUAAUAGACCAGUUUUUAUGAAGCAUCUGAGAACACACAAUAUGGAAAAACGUUACCCAUGCGGCAAGUGUCCCAUGAGAUUUGUUCAGACCUCCGACUUAGUAAAACAUUUGCGAAAACAUACUGGAGAACGGCCCUACCAUUGUACACAGUGUGGUAAGGGCUUCAUUCAGAAUUCGGACUUAGUAAAACACCAAAGAACCCACACAGGGGAGCGUCCUUUCAGAUGUGACAUGUGCAACCGUGGCUUUGUUCAGAAAUCCGCCCUGACAAAGCACAUGAGGACCCACACUGAGAAGCCGUAUAGAUGUGAGCACUGUGGCAAGUGUUUUAUCCAGAACUCAGAUCUGGUGAAGCAUCGAAGGAUCCACACAGGAGAGAAGCCGUACAGAUGCCCAGAAUGUGACCGCAGCUUCACAGAAGGGUCGUCGCUUAUCAAACACCGCAGGAUUCACAGUCGAUUGCAGCCCUACUUGUGCAAAAAGUGCGGAAAAAGCUUUAGUCAGAGCUCAAACCUUCUGAAACACAUGAGAUGUCACGGAGAAGAAAAAAUGCAGCUAGCCGAUGCACCUAAGAAGAACGCAGCAGUCAUCGUCUCUGAGGCCCUCAGCCAUGAGGUGCCCUUAAUGCAUGGGAAAAAGGGAGGUGACAGAUCAUUUCUGUGUAGCGUGUGCGGGAACAGCUUUAAUCACAAGUCAGUCCUCAUUAAACAUUUACGUAUCCACACAGGAGAACGGCCGUACAAGUGCAAUUUGUGUGUGAGGAGCUUUAUCCAAAAAUCAGACCUUGUGAAGCAUUACCGCACACACACGGGAGAGAGGCCAUACCAUUGCCAGGAGUGUGGACGAAGCUUUGUCGAACAGUCUGCGUUAUCGAAACACCAAAGGACUCACCACAGAGCUCAGGUGCUUGUGGAUGAUAGUGCGACACAAGCUUGUGUGGGACCUCAGCACCAAAUCACCUACUGGGGAGAAUCAGAAGAUGACCCUGGGAGUUUGAUACCAAGGUUUCAUGUCAUCAAACAAGAAGACCAUUUUCCGACCAUUCGGCCUAUGGGCGGCUCAAAAAGUUUCUCCUUUAAGGUCAAACACAGGAGAAAAGCGACAAAGGCACAGUCGUACACCUGUCCAGAAUGCAACAAGACGUUUAGCCACUGCGCUGUGUUCUUAACCCACCGGAGAACACAUGGAGAACAGCUGCAUAUCUGCAAAGUGUGCGGCAAGAGAGUCAGCCAACGAUCGGCACUGGUGAAACACAUGAGGCGACACACCGGAGAGAAACCCUAUAAGUGCCCGACGUGUGCAAAGUCUUUCAUCCAGAACUCGGACCUGGUGAAACAUCUGAGAACCCACACAGGAGAAAAACCGUACAAGUGUGACCUCUGUGAGAAACGCUUCAUCGACCGGUCAGCGGUUGUGAAACAUAUUAGGACUCAUACUGGAGAGAGGCCCUACAAGUGCCAGGAGUGCGAGCGAGGAUUUGUCCAAAAGUCUGACUUGGUAAAGCAUACGAGGAUGCACACAGGGGAGAAACCCUAUCCGUGCUCCUCGUGUGACAAAAGAUUCAGCUCUCGAUCUGCCUCCUUCAGACACCAACGUAUGUGCUCUGUGGGGGCUUCCUACCAAGACCCCGACCUCUUCUACCCCAACAUGUUAAUGUGGGAAGAGCAGCCAUCUCCUGAUGCUUUUCCUAGAGACUCUUCCAGAUUGCAGAUGGUGUCAGGGGUGGUCGUAUGACUUCAGACUCUGGUCCCAACGCAUUUCAGUGACUGAGCCUGUUACAUGUGAACAUUAGGAGGUGUAAAUGGUGCAGACGCCACUUGUUAAAUAAAACCUUUAUCUGAAGUUUGAAAAUAAAAGUUCACAGAAAAACUGA